CUCUCCAAGCACCAGCCCGUUUUCCUGCCUCCAUCCCAGCUCUGCUGUCCUUCCUUCCCUGCCCAAGCCCUCACCUCACACUGCAGCCCAGGACAGUGACUGUUCCCAGGAGGAGAACAAAGGACCUGUGGGGUGGAUGAAAAAAGGAAAAUGCAGACGGAGAAGCACCUCACGGGAACACUGGUCCUGUCCGUCUUCACUGCAGUGUUGGGAUUCUUCCAGUACGGCUACAGCCUGGGGGUCAUUAAUGCCCCACAGAAGGUGAUAGAAGCACACUAUGCACACGUGCUGGGCAUCGUCCUCCCAGACAGAUAUGCCACCAAUGCCUCUGGGGAGGAUGGCACAUUCCUCCAGGCUGGCACAGAGGGCACACUCCCACCCCAGACUGACACCAGCGAGGACCCCUCUAGCUCCCCACACAUCCUCACCAUGUACUGGUCCCUGUCCGUGUCCGUGUUUGCCAUCGGUGGCAUGGUCUCCUCCUUCACCGUGGGCUGGAUUGGGGACCGGCUCGGCAGGGUGAAAGCCAUGCUGGUGGUGAACRUCCUCUCCAUUGCUGGGAACCUCCUCAUGGGGCUGGCGAAAUUUGGGCCAUCCCACAUCCUCAUCAUCUCUGGGAGAGCAGUCACAGGGCUCUACUGUGGGCUCUCCUCUGGACUCGUGCCCAUGUAUGUCAGUGAGGUUUCUCCCACGGCCCUUCGAGGAGCGCUGGGGACGCUGCACCAGCUCGCUAUCGUCACGGGUAUCCUCUUCAGCCAGGUCCUUGGACUAGACUUUCUCCUGGGCAAUGAUGAGAUGUGGCCCCUGCUCCUCGGUCUGUCUGGUGUGGCUGCCCUGCUGCAGUUCUUCCUGCUCUUACUGUGCCCUGAGAGCCCCCGAUACCUUUACAUCAAACUGGGGAAGGUGGAGGAAGCUAAAAAAAAUUUGAGAAGGCUUAGAGGAAACUGUGAUCCAAUGAAAGAGAUUGAAGAGAUGGAAAAGGAAAAGCAAGAAGCUGCUAGUGAGAAGAAAGUUUCCAUAAGACAGCUUUUCACCUCUUCCAAGUACAGGCAAGCUGUCAUUGUGGCACUGAUGGUGCAAAUAUCCCAGCAGUUCUCAGGAAUCAACGCGAUCUUUUACUACUCCACAAACAUUUUUGAGAGAGCUGGGGUUGACCAACCAGUUUAUGCAACCAUCGGUGUUGGAGUGGUGAACACGGUCUUCACUGUUAUCUCUGUCCUUCUGGUGGAGAAAGCAGGCAGGCGGUCCCUGUUCCUGGCUGGUUUGAUGGGCAUGUUARUCAGCGCUGUGGCCAUGACAGUCGGACUUGUGCUCCUGAGCCAGUUUGCGUGGAUGAGCUAUGUCAGCAUGGUUGCGAUCUUCCUCUUCGUCAUCUUCUUCGAAGUGGGGCCUGGGCCCAUCCCCUGGUUUAUUGUUGCUGAGCUGUUCAGCCAAGGCCCACGCCCCGCUGCCAUCGCUGUUGCUGGCUUCUGCAAUUGGGCCUGCAACUUCAUCGUGGGCAUGUGUUUCCAGUACAUAGCGGAUCUCUGUGGACCAUACGUGUUUGCGAUCUUCGCGGGCCUCCUCCUCAUCUUCUUUUUGUUUGCAUACUUCAAAGUACCSGAGACGAAAGGGAAGUCCUUUGAGGAGAUCGCAGCCGUGUUCCGCCGCAAGAAGCUCUCAGCCAAAGCCAUGACUGAGCUKCAAGACCUGCGAAGAAGUGAGGAGGCAUAGACACCCCACACASCCAGAAAGGAGGGACUGGGCAUGGACCUCCUUCAGCCACUACGGGAAAAAUGUUGGGCAGAAGUGUCAUUUCACAAAAAYCUUGCAGCUGGCAGACCCAUCCAUCGGAUUCCUUCUGGCUGCCGYGGUUCACACCUCCCAGCCAUAGGUGCUAACAUGGCAUUUUACUCUGAGACACUUGGUAUGACUGGGCUGGAUGAAGAGCCAGGGAAAGGACUGGAGAAAUAUGUUACAAGUGUGUCUCCAUGCCCUGUUGGAGAGCCCAGUGGGACAAUGAUCUUACCAGCUGGCAUUGAGCAGGGCCAUCUCUUGGCUGAAAUGAAGGAAAGAGGCUGCAGCAUCGUGUUUUCACCUUUUYAUCCCCAUCUCUCUGCUUCAUUCUGCUGAGUGACCUGGUGGUUU